CAAUUGAAAAUCUGUGACCUUUGAUCGAGUAAAUGAGGAAAAUAGAGGAGAUUUUAUCUAAUUACGAAGUAUAUAAGAUAUAGAUAUUACGGAAAAGAUCAAUACUAACCUACGGUUAUGAAUAUCAUUGUAAGAUUAACAGUCUUGGCUGCAGGAUGUGUGACAUUCUGCCAAUGCGACGCAUGCGUAGAUAAACUUCCAGACUGUGGUGAAUACACAAAAAGUUCGUGUAAGGCCCCAUAUGUAAACUGGGCUUAUAACAAUUGUAAAGCGUACUGUGGAUUUUGUCAUACGGAAUGCCAUGACAAAAGGAGUGAUUGUCAUGAGUAUGGAAAACAAGUGUGUCAGUCACCCUAUAUACCAUGGGCAAAGGAAAACUGCGAGCAAUAUUGUGGAUUUUGUGGACACGAUUUGAAGUGUGUAUAUAGUCCUUGGUUAGAUCUUACUCCUUGCUCACCGGUCUGUGGGAGAGGCAAGAAAGUUCAAGUGAGAACAGUUGCCAUAGUCAAACCGGGUACCCCCUUAGAAAAGGACUGCACUGAAAGUUUAUUUAGGAAUACCGCUUGCAAUAUAAAUUGUACCAUUAAACCGACGGCUGUUGUGAAGGUCCCCGUCACCGAAACGUUAAUAGUCACAGACAAAACCCACGUUCAAGAGCCUGUGGUUGAUACCGGAGUUCUUGAUCACCAUGGUCCUCUUAUUCAUGUUGACCCAGACACGGUAAAGGACGUUGCCAUAGCAGGAGCCGCAACAGGAGUCGCCGCUGCGGGGGGAGUAGCCCUUGGAGCACUGUUUGCCGAGCUACUACCAAUGCUGCCACUGUUUGCUUUUGGUAAAAGAGAUGUCACUGAACAAACAAGAGACUUUGAAGACUUCGUUAAUACAGUUAUGAAGGCUCAAGAUUUUGACUGAUAUUUUCUGAUAUUUUUGGACUGAUAUGUAAAUUACAUUCCACAUAAAUAAAUAAUAAAUAAAUAAA